GAUUUCAUCGACACAAAAAUAAAUAUAAAAUAAAAAUAAAAUAAACAAACACUCAGCUCAGAGCAGACGGUCGCUGGCUAGCUGCACUUCUCGGAUUUCUUCCUUCAAUCGCGAUGGCACUGUCUAACUCGAUUGUGAUUUCCAAAGGCAAUGCUAUCUGUUUCUCAUCCGGUACUCCUCUUCGGUCAGCUGAUAAGAUUUCUGGCCCCUCCAACUUGGCCUUUACUUAUAAGAGUAUCUCGAAAUCAUCUACCUGCAAAAAGGCACUCGUCGUACAAGCAAAUUAUAGUGAUGGUGGAAGGUCAAGCAGCACAAACCUCUUUGUUGGCGGCUUUGUUUUAGGGGGACUAAUUAUCGGCACACUUGGUUGUGUUUAUGCGCCUCAGAUCAGCAAGGCUUUAACUGGAGCGGACAGGAAGGAUCUCAUGAAAAAACUGCCCAAAUUUAUUUACGACGAAGAAAAAGCUUUGGAGAGGCAACGUAAGAAACUUUCUGAGAAGAUCGAGCAGCUAAAUGCUGCAAUCGAUAAUGUGUCCAACCAAUUGCGAUCUGAAGACGAACCGCCUAAUGGAGCUGCUGUGGGAUCAGACGACAUCGAAGCUCUUAUCUAAGACUUUUGAUCUGUACUACGACGGCGUUGACGGCGAUGUCGGUAUCGAAGGUACUACUUAUUUGGGUUCUACAUUUCAUCAACACUCAGUUGCAUAGUGAUGUUGAAGUUUGCAAGAUUGAACACUUUAUAAAACAUACACACAUAAUGUUAUAAUGUUUUGGUCCCAACCAUCUAUGGAUCACCUUAAUUAUAUUCGUAA